GUGAAGGCGCGUGGGUGCGCUUUCGGAAUGGGUAGGCUUUAGUGAAUAAAAUCGACGUCGCGCAGACAGCACAAUGAAGAUCAAGGGGCGAAAGAAAUGGAAGAUGUUGGGUAGCGUGGGAGGUCGACACGUGUCUACGCGUCGGCGUGGCAGUAUCCCACUGGUGCGUGCUGGUGUGGGCCUCACUGGUGGCUAUGGUGCCACUUCGGGGACCGGCGGCCUCGACGGCGGUACGCAGUCGGAUAUGCCCAAGUAUGCCGCCAGGAGACGAAGAGCUGUCACCACCAGCGAUCAUAAGAGCUGCGCCCUCAUACAGACGCGGGUCAAGCUUGGCGAUAUUAUGUUGGCAGCAGCGCAAGAGGCGGCACAAAGGGACCCUGGAUACGCGCGUCAGUACAGGAGAAGGCCGAGGUUGGCCGGACUGAGUGGUCUCGGUGACUGGACUAGCUUCGGAGGGGAGGUAUCUGGUCUGGUGGACAUGGCAAAAGGCCGGGAUCAGGGCGGAGGGGCGGGUGGGGGUGGGCCAGGCGCCAAGGCGCCGUUGCCCUCGUCGUUGUUUAUCCUGUCAGAGAAAAACAUCAUACGAAGGGUCACCCGCUUCAUCAUCGAGUGGCCGCCCUUCGAGUACGCCGUCCUGCUCACCAUCAUCGCCAAUUGCGUGGUCCUCGCCCUCGAGGAGCAUCUGCCGAAGCACGACAAGACUAUACUCGCACAGAAGCUCGAGGCUACGGAGGUCUACUUCCUCGGGAUCUUCUGCGUCGAAGCGAGCCUCAAGAUCCUCGCCCUCGGCUUCGUCCUCCACCGCGGCUCCUAUCUACGCAACAUCUGGAACAUCAUGGAUUUCUUCGUCGUGGUGACCGGGAUCAUCACGGCGUUCUCGCAAGGCAUACACCUGGAUAUGGAUCUGCGCACGUUGCGUGCGAUACGCGUGUUGCGACCGCUCAAACUUGUCUCCGGCAUACCGAGUCUUCAGGUGGUGCUCAAGUCUAUCAUCAAGGCAAUGGCGCCUCUUCUGCAGAUCGGUCUGCUGGUACUCUUCGCCAUCGUGAUAUUCGCUAUCAUCGGCCUCGAGUUUUAUUCGGGAACCCUGCAUAAAACGUGCUACGAUAUAGAGAACUUCGAUAAAAUCAUAAAGGAGGGCGAUCAAGCGAGCCCGUGCAACACGGAUGACGACCAUGAUCACCCGCCGGGGGCCCACGUGUGCGUAUCGAACACCUCGACGUGCCUGGAUCGCUGGGAGGGACCAAACUCGGGCAUCACCAGCUUCGAUAACAUCGGAUUCGCCAUGCUCACUGUCUUCCAGUGUAUCACUAUGGAGGGCUGGACUGCCAUAUUGUACUGGACGAACGACGCUCUUGGCAGCACGUACAACUGGAUUUACUUUAUACCAUUGAUCGUCCUUGGAUCAUUCUUCAUGCUGAACUUAGUUCUCGGUGUCUUGAGCGGAGAGUUUGCAAAGGAGAGAGAGAAAGUGGAGAACCGGCAGUCCUUCCUGAAGUUGCGAAGACAGCAGCAGCUCGAGCGCGAACUGAAUUGUUACCUCAAUUGGAUCUGCAAAGCAGAGGAGGUGAUACUUGCCGAAGAGAGGACCACGGAAGAGGAGAAAAUGCAUAUAUUAGAAGUAAGAAGAAGAGCAGCGGCCAAGAAGAAGAAGCUGAAGAAUCUCGGCAAGAGCAAGAGUACCGACACGGAGGAGGAGGAGGGCGAGGACGAUCAGGACGAUGUGCCUAAGAAAAAGCUCAAAGGAUUCUCGAGAACCUCCUACUUCAAGUCGAAGGUGAAGAAGCAGGGCACCUGCCUGCAGUUCUGGCGGGCUGAGAAGCAAUUCAGGUUCUGGAUACGGAACUCCGUCAAGUCGCAGCAGUUCUACUGGUUCGUCAUCGUCCUUGUGUUCUUCAACACCGUCUGCGUGGCUGUCGAGCAUUACGAUCAGCCGAAGUGGCUCACCGAUUUCCUCUUCUACGCAGAGUUUGUGUUCCUGGCCCUCUUCAUGAUGGAGAUGUUUAUCAAGAUGUACGCGCUCGGUCCUCGCACAUACUUCGAAUCGAGCUUCAAUCGCUUCGACUGCAUCGUCAUCUUGGGCUCGAUCUUCGAGGUGAUCUGGUCCGCGUUGAAGUCCGGCUCUUUCGGCCUCUCCGUCCUACGUGCCCUUAGACUCCUGAGAAUUUUUAAGGUCACCAAAUACUGGAAGAGCCUGAGGAACCUCGUGAUAUCGCUGCUCAGCUCGAUGCGCAGCAUCAUCUCCCUUCUCUUCUUGCUCUUCCUCUUCAUUCUCAUAUUCGCGCUGCUCGGCAUGCAGCUCUUUGGCGGCCAGUUCAACUUCGAGGGCGGCACGCCGCCCACUAACUUCAACACCUUUCCCAUCGCACUACUCACUGUCUUCCAAGUCCUGACUGGAGAAGACUGGAACGAAGUGAUGUACCAGGGUGUCGAGUCACAAGGCAUGGCCUACUCGCUCUACUUCAUCGUGCUGGUGCUCUUCGGCAACUACACCCUGCUGAACGUCUUCUUGGCUAUCGCCGUCGACAAUCUCGCGAACGCGCAGGAGCUAAGCGCCGCCGAGGAAGAGGAGCAGGAGGAGGACAAGGAGAAGCAGAUACAGGAGCUCGAGAAGGAGAUCGAGUCGCUGCAGAAACCCGGGGACGGUGGCGCGCCGAAGGUAGAAAUCUGUCCUCCAAGUCCAAACCAGAAUUUCAAAGACGGAAAAGGUGAAAAGCAGGCGUCCGAAGAGAAGAAGCAGGAUGAAGACGACGACACGGGACCAAAACCAAUGCUGCCAUACUCCUCCAUGUUUAUACUGUCCCCUACGAAUCCUAUAAGAAGAGGCGCCCACUGGGUCGUCAACCUUCGGUACUUCGACUUCUUCAUAAUGAUAGUGAUAUCGCUGUCGAGUAUUGCGCUAGCCGCCGAGGACCCCGUCUGGGACCUCGCGCCGAGGAACAAGAUCCUCAACUACUUCGACUACGCGUUCACCGGCGUCUUCACCAUCGAGAUGGUGCUGAAGAUCAUUGAUCUCGGCAUUAUACUGCACCCGGGCUCGUACCUGCGCGAGUUCUGGAACAUUAUGGACGCAGUGGUCGUGAUAUGCGCAAUGGUGUCGUUCGCGUUCGACAUGUCCGGCAGCUCGGCCGGCCAGAACCUCUCGACCAUCAAGUCGCUCAGGGUGCUGCGGGUGCUCAGGCCGCUAAAGACGAUAAAGCGCGUGCCGAAGCUCAAGGCGGUGUUCGACUGCGUGGUGAACAGUCUCAAGAACGUCAUUAACAUUCUCAUAGUGUACAUAUUGUUCCAAUUCAUAUUCGCUGUGAUCGCGGUGCAGCUGUUCAAUGGCAAGUUCUUCUACUGCAACGACGAGAGCAAGUAUACGAAGGAGGAUUGCCAUGGUCAAUUCUUCGUUUUCGAGGAAGAUUCCAUGCUACCGAAGCUUCAGACACGGGAAUGGGAACCGCAGUCUUUUCAUUACGACAACGUAAUGGUGGCCAUGCUGACGUUGUUCGCCGUUCAGACCGGCGAGGGCUGGCCGCAGGUCCUGCAGAACUCGAUGGCGGCCACAUACGAGAACAAGGGUCCCAUCCAGAAUUUUCGCAUCGAGAUGUCCAUUUUCUACAUCGUUUACUUCAUCGUCUUUCCGUUCUUCUUCGUCAACAUCUUCGUGGCCUUGAUCAUUAUCACGUUCCAGGAGCAGGGAGAGGCUGAACUGCAGGACGGUGAAAUCGAUAAGAAUCAGAAAUCUUGUAUAGACUUUACAAUACAAGCUCGGCCGUUCGAGAGGUACAUGCCGAAGGAGCGAAAUAGCAUAAAGUACAAAAUCUGGAGGAUAGUUGUAUCCACGCCAUUCGAGUAUUUUAUCAUGAUUCUCAUCGUCUUGAAUACGUUACUUCUCAUGAUGAAGUUCCAUCGGCAAAGCGAGCAGUACAAGAACACGCUGAAGUACAUGAACAUGUGCUUCACGGGGAUGUUCACUAUCGAGUGCAUACUGAAGAUCGCCGCAUUCGGCGUGAGGAACUUCUUCAAGGACUACUGGAACAUGUUCGACUUCAUCACGGUGAUCGGUAGCAUCAUAGACGCCCUUGUGAUCGAGUUCGGGGAGCGGGUUUUUGGCGUGCUCACCGGUGGUGGCCAGUCAGGCGAAAAGAAGGAGAACUUCAUCAACGUCGGCUUCCUCAGGCUCUUUCGCGCCGCCAGGCUGAUCAAACUACUCAGGCAGGGAUAUACGAUACGAAUUUUACUCUGGACAUUCGUGCAAUCCUUCAAAGCUCUGCCUUACGUUUGUCUCCUCAUAGCGAUGCUGUUCUUCAUUUACGCGAUCAUCGGUAUGCAGGUAUUCGGUAACAUCACGCUGGAUCCUGAGACUUCUAUUACCAAGCACAACAAUUUCCAAAGCUUCAUUCAAGGUCUGAUGCUGCUUUUUCGGUGCGCAACGGGUGAGGCCUGGCCAAACAUCAUGCUGUCCUGCAUAAAGGGCCGGUCCUGCGACAUCAAGGCCGACAAGGCGAAUGAUCCGGACAGUUGCGGCUCCAAUAUCGCCUACGUCUACUUCGUGACCUUCAUCUUCUUCUGCUCGUUCCUCAUGCUGAAUCUCUUCGUCGCCGUCAUCAUGGACAACUUCGAUUACCUCACCCGCGACUCGUCGAUCUUGGGCGCUCACCAUCUCGACGAGUUCGUCAGGGUCUGGUCCGAAUACGAUCCAAACGCCACCGGCAAGAUCCACUACACGGAGAUAUAUGAUAUGCUGAAGAACAUGGACCCGCCAUUGGGGUUUGGUGGCAAGUGCCCGAACCGGCUGGCGUACAAGAAGCUCAUCAGGAUGAAUAUGCCGGUGGACGGUGACGGCAAGGUCAACUUCAGCACCACGCUGUUCGCCCUGAUACGCGAAAACCUCAGCAUAAAAAUGCGAUGCGCCGACGAAAUGAAUCAAGCCAAUGAAGAAUUGCGGGACACGAUCAGGAGUAUUUGGCCUUUACAAGCGAAAAAGAUGUUGGACCUUUUGAUACCUAGGAACGAGGAAUUGAACAAAGGCAAGCUCACCGUGGGUAAGAUAUACGUCUGCCUUCUGAUACUCGAAAGUUGGAAGACGACGAGGUUUGGUCAGAUAGAGUCUGCUGGACAGAACGAUAACGAUCUUAUCGAUAACGAUAAUGCUGGGCAAAGUCCUGCAGCCCAGGCGCAAUCGGCCUUCUACAACUGCCUGCUGGACAUGGCGGCGGUAAAUCACACCGGAAAUAAUCACGGAACCGGAAGUAGGGCGAACAGUCUCGAACCGGUGACGCGACCGCUCAUGGACGCCAAGCAAGAUCGACACAAAGAACACAGGGAUGAGGAGGAAGGGGCCCUAGGUGUCCUCGCAGCCGCCGAGCAUAGACGUCAACGUAGCAUCAGAAACAAAAAGGUGAACUGGAAGAUGUCUCACCAGUACGAUAUACUAGGCAGCAGCGGAGAGAGUAGCCAGGGAGGGGGUGGGUCUGGGGUUGUACUCGUAGUUAAUGGCGAGGAUCGCGCCCCCGAGCUAGAGCCAUUGCUGGCUGAGGUGCCCUCCCAGCGGGAUCAAAACUACUACCACCAUCACCAUCACGACCAAUACUACGAUACCGACAAUGAUCAAUACUAUGACCAUCACCACUACCACCACCACCAUCACCAUCAUCAUCAUGACCACCGACCACCCUCGUACUACCAACACCAGAACACCUACGCACCUCGCUCCUCGAUCCGUUACCACAAGAUGGAGCUGCAGGACGUCGUAGUAGAUGACUCACGUGCCGGUAGUCUCGAGAGUCUCACACAUACCGGCGAGAGGCUUCAUCCGCAUCAUCCCUCAGCGCCUCCACCUAGACAUCGUUCACGAUCGCCAAGUAUAAGAAGACCCUCGCCAAUAAUGCAUAGGUCGCCAUCGCCGCGGCGACAUCGUUACGACCAUCACGGUCACUACCACGAAGGACCAGGGUUUAGCGACACCGUUAGCAACGUCGUCGAGAUUCAAAGGCACACUCAUCACCCCCAUUCGUCACAGUAUAAUCAUCGACAUAGGAUACGAGACUAUUACGACCACUGCGACUAUUACGACGAUGGUCCGUGGAGCGCCUCGACGAGUCCAGCCAGGUCACCGAGUCCGGUUCACCGGAUAGAGCGCGGCUCUUACGGCACGACCAGUCUGGAGCAACGUUCGAGGAGCCCGAGUCCGAUCGGCGGUCAUCCGCAUCACCAUCGCCGUCGUCAUCAUCCGCAUCAACAUAGCUACCCGGUGCUGGUGGCCAGAAGGGGUCAGGGUCGCCAGCUGCCGCCGACGCCGAACAAGCCGUCGACUCUGCAGCUGAAGCCGACCAACAUCAACUUCCCCAAGCUGAACGCUUCGCCCACUCAUGGCCCGCACAUGGGCGGGCCGCAUGUGUCGGUGCUGCCAGGUGUGCUGCAGCAUCCGUCGCCGCCGCAUAUGCAGCUAGCUAUGCAGCAGGGUCACCUGCGACCGCUCAGCUUCGAGCAGGCGGUUGCGAUGGGCCGCGGCGGGAUGGGUCGUAUGCUGCCCAGCCCGGUGCCGAACGGCUACAAACCGCAACCGCAGUCCAAACAGAGAACGCCUAGGUCGCGGCACUCCGACAGUGACGAGGACGAUUGGUGCUAGCCAAAGUGGGACCCUGGACGGUGGUCCGGUGAUGUGGACGCCCCCAGGCGUCUUAGGGUUUGCGCAUGAAUUGUCCAAAUGGGACGCGCGUUGAUUCCGGUGUGCAC